UCUCUGACUCUCAGUGUAUUCAAAACAUGUCAAGCAAAGUCUCACAAUGGCAUGCUUACUAAACCUGUGAGUUUAGGAAUUUGCAAUGAUGUGACUGUUCCCGGACCCUCACUUCACCCCUCUGCGGUGGACCCACUGUCUGAGGCUCUGAUGGACAUUCUUGGCAUGUGGACCGAGCGCGCAACUACACCUGUUUGGGAAAUCUGUGACAACAUAGGGCAAAAAAAAAAGAGAAGGGUCUAUGCACUGGGAGCUGAGAUUUUGCUCAGGUUAAACCAUCCACCCUCUCCGUGCUAGCGCCCACACACACACACACACUUGCUUCUCCCUUCUUCCCUCCCCGCCGGUCUCCUCUGCUGUCGGAUGCUGGAGUGGUGAACAGCAAGACUCUUUUGGUUGAGCCGCAUGGAGGCACAGGGAGGGGCUCCCAGCCCAGAGCCCGGUAAAAACAUCCAGAAGCUGCUAAAGCCCUCCAGUUCUGGCAAGCUCUCUCAGGAGAAGUUCCAUCAGCAUGCUGCAGGCGAGGAGGACGAAGGGGAAGAGGAGGAGGAGGAGGACGAGGAGGAGGGAGGGUGGACAGGACCCACCGCCAGCCUGCUGCACAUCUCGGAGAAGAGACAACCUCUGAGCAGCGUGUCCUCUUUGGAAGUCCAUUUUGACCUCCUAGAUCUGACUGAGCUGACCGACAUGUCGGACCAGGAGCUGGCUGAAGUCUUUGCUGACUCUGAUGAUGAGAACCACAAUGAGUGUCCACCAGGUUCGCAGCAGGUCGUGCUGGGCAAAGGAGGCUACAUGCGCUCUCCCUCAUGGACACGCUGCGGCAAGGUGGAGCUGCCACGAGAGAGGAAGCAUCACAGUGACUCGGACACCACAGCAGAGCCCUUCAGGAAGCUGGAGAGGCCAAAGCAACCUUGACGUGGCAUGUGACAGGGCGUGAACUGAAGCUCAGAGCGGACAGCCAGCACCUGAGUUCCAAUGGGCCACUGACUGUGUUUUGUGGUGCUGAUGUUGAACUCUGAGCACUUUGCAGUGUUCUAAAAAUGUUCCGAACACACACACGCACGCACACACAUUUCUUCCCUCUCAUCUCAUUUCUGAAGAUUUGAAGCUUUGUGGUGGAGUGACAGGGUAGAAACAGAGCCGACUUAAUGCCCCUACAAGAGCCAAGGAAGCGUGUGGUGUGCUGUAAUGACAAUUGGCUAAAUCAAUAGUUCAUUAGGAUCCUUUUGUCUUUGAUGAAGUACCGUAUUUUCCGCACUAUAAGGCACUACGGAGUAUAAGGGGUAUCUUCAAUGAAUGGCCUAUUUUAAAAUUGUUUUCAUAUAUAGGCUGCACCGCAUUAUAAGGUGCAUAGGAUGGAAGCUACAAAAGUGGCUCCAGUUGCGUUAUGCAUCCACUAGAUGGAGUUAUGCAACAGGGAAUUCAAUACAGCUUUAUUUUUAUAGAGCUUUCACAACCGCUGCAGCUGUCACAAAGCGCUUUACAGAACAUUUGAAAUAGUCCAAGAAAGGUGAAUAUUGAUCCAUACAUAAGGCACAUCAGAUUAUGAGGCGCACAGUCAACUUUUGAGAAAAUUGAAUGCUUUUAAGGUGUGCCUUACAGUGCGCAAAAUACGGUAAUAGUUUUCUUUAUCUUUCAAGGUAAUGACUAUCUUCAUAAAUACUUUGGUCCUCCAAAGUCUACUCAAAACAAUGGAGGAAGGAAAAUGUUGAGCUAACGUGAAUUUGCAUGAAUGCCAUACACAAUAAAGUGCCAACACCUGUUCAACGCAAAAACAAGCAGAACUGACAUCCAUGUUUUUAAUCAAUUUAGCUUCUCUAUACCUGGAGCAAUGAUCAUCAAUCAUGAUGUGACUGUGGGAGGAUAAAUUAAACAGCUUGAAAACGGUG